CAUUGAUUUGAAAUAUACAAUAAUUUUUAGAAACUAAAACAUUAGAAACAUUCCUUGAUGCAUUAAGAUUUCACUGAAUUUGAUAAAUUAAGUACAAUUGACAACAUUUAAAAGCAUAAUAUACUUGUCAAUUCACUUAACCAUAGCAACCAAUAAAACCAAUGAUAUUUUUAGAAAUCAUUUCAGGAGUAUGCAAAGCUGCCACUAUUGUUAAAAUAGAGUUUGGAGAUGGUGAAAGUUCUCUCUCUAGUGCCGAACAUCAUUUUGAACAUACACCGCUUAAAGCUUGGCCUUAUGACAAAACAAUUGAGGAAGCGGUGAAUCUCCAUUUUCUGGGAUCUCCACCAGUUGUCUUAUCUUCUGCAGAGAAUGAGGAAGCAAAAGCUAGAAUGCAGAUGAAUGUUUCCAAAGUAUAUAGUAUGUUCCACCCUGCCAUGGCUCAGUUCAAUAAAAGAUUUAGGCGCCAACUAGGCUUUAACGGAGGUCUCCCAGAAUGGAUCAGAGAUGACGAAGAUUGCCAGAAAACACUGAAACAAACCAAGCAGCAAAAUAGUGGCAGACCUCUGGAACUUGCCUCUAUCGUCAAAUUAGGAGAGACACUUCGACUUUCUUGUCAUUAUUGUGGAAGUCAUGACGAUGCUAGGAACUUGGGCAUGUUGUGGUAUAAGAGAGAACAUGGCCGAGCGAGAAAUUUUGAGGAGCUGGAUCUUGACAUGCAUGAUGAUGAGGAAUUUAACCGUAUAUACACCCUACCUGACCACACUCUAGUCAUAAAACACUUCCAAGGAGGUGAUGAAGGAACAUAUAACUGUAAAUCAGUCAAUGGUGAAACAAACUUUCUCUACAGAAUAGAUGCUAUGAUCGAACCUUCCAUCAAGAGAUUUGUUUCUCUCUCUAUACCAGGUUUUUUAAAACCGAGCCCUCCUCACUCUGAUCGAUAUCAUGGUAACUGGGAAACUUUCACUAAAUGGGGACGCUGGAGUCAAUGUGAUGUCACUGAAUGUGGAAAGCAAGGGGAAAGACAGAGAAAGGGUUUAUGCUUGGUGAGAGCAGUUGAUCAAAAUACAUACGUAAAUCCUCGCUUUUUGGAUCCGCUUCUUAGGAUUAGCUACAAGAAUGGAGCUUUUUGUCAUUCGUCUAUGUUCAAAGAUGUACCUGAUGCCCUUGAGAGGCCAUAUGAAGUGGAAGUAGAAUACUGUACUGUAGAAUGCAAAGAAAGUAAUCAAGGAAAUAAGUUAAAUGUUAGUAGUGAAGAAAGCUUCCAAAAGGUGGCAGUUCAGACACAACUAAAGAACAAGCCAAAGCCAGUUCCAACGACUACCAUAGAGGAGCAUGUUGGAGAACCAGUCAAAUUGUUCUGUCCAGGGGUAACUAUGGACAGUUUUGUGCGAUGGACGAAUGGGUCUUUCCAUAUCAAAGAAGGGGAGCUUAUGCAGAAGGAAUUAGGACGUGUUCAGAUAGACCCAAUUAAUGGUCUGUUUAUCCGCGAUUUGAAACCUCAAGAUACUGCUAUGUAUAGCUGUUAUGUUAACGCCAAACUAACCAUGAUGUUCCGUGUAAAAGUUAAGUUAACACCCCAUCGUAGAGAAAUUGCCGCUGCCUGCUUGUAUGUUGGGCUCACGUGUGCUUUCAACUUCCUCAUCUUUCUCGGGGUGACCAUUAUACGUUAUAAACAACGCAUGGUGCAAAUAGAGCAACCAGUUCGACAUCUAUCUAAACAUGAUCACUUAGAAUCAUGGAACAACAGUAUUAGAAGUAACAGUUACAAUAGUAACGGUUACUAUAGUAGCAAACAGAAACCAUCAAAGCUGCACUUGACUGAUAGUUUACUUGGUGUAAAUGAAGAAAAUUUAGAAGAAAAACCUGAACUUACAAGUUACAGUGGUGACAAUGAAAGUUACGAUGGUUACCAUGAUGAUGAUGGAUAUUAUAAUAGUUACCAUGACGAUAUUGAACAUUAUAAUGGUUACAACGGUGCUAAUCACUAGGACAUUGUUAAAUCAUUUGUCAAAUUAUACAGAAACUAUGAGAACACUGUUAUAAAAAAAAUGGUAGUGUAUUGAAAUGAUAAACUUUUUGCCCAUAUUCUAAAAAAUAUAUACAGAUAACACUAAGGUGUUUUAUUAUACAGGGUGAGUCAAAAGUGUUACUAUAUUGUUUCAGUAUAAAAUUUUCAAUUAUGGUAGAAUAUCAUGAAUUAUCCUUUGUUGUAAAUGAAAUCACCAACAAAUAUCAUAUGCUGUUAAUGUCUUGUUCUUGGUUUAACUUGUUAUUAAUUGUAUCAAUGCAGUACAAUUACUAUUUAAAGGGUCAUGUAUACCUUCCCGUAUAAAUACAAUAUGGUGACUCUAGACAAGUUUAAUGGAUAAGUCUAUUUUUAAAAAAUUAAGCAACACCAAAAACGAGCAUUUCAUUAGCUAAAUGAUAUAUGAUGGGGUCUAUAUUAUGAUUAAAACAUGAAAACUUACCAAAAUCACACUUCAUUUCUACUUUACCAGACAAUUUCUUUGUUCCAUCUUUCUAGACAGUAUUUUUUGCCAUCACAC